CCAUCGCGUGCGACAUUACAAAAGCGAUGGAAACUGAAGAGGAAGACGGGGAGGAAUUGCCACACAACCGAUAAGAAUUCGACAUCAAACGAUAAUGAUACCAUCAACGCGGACUAAUCUGAACGUGCUUCUUCUUCUGCUUGGGUUCUGUUCUGAAAGCUUCCUUUCAACAUGCCCCAGUACGUGCGAAUGCAAAUGGAAGAGCGGCAAAGAGUCUGCAAUCUGCACCAACGCCAACCUUUCCUCCGUUCCUCUUCACCUGCACCCCAACACUCAACUUUUGAAUUUAACCUCAAACAAUUUAAUAACAAUAAAGCACGACGAGUUUAGUAAAGCCGGUCUACUGAAUCUUCAAAAGAUUUACAUAUCCAAAUGUCGCCUAAAAGUUCUAGAUCGGUACGCUUUUCGAAAUUUAAUUAAUUUAGUUCAGUUGGACUUGAGCUACAAUCAGCUAUCGGUGAUUCCAUCUCACGUUUUCGAGUCCAUUUCGGAACUUCGCGAGUUGAAAUUGAGCGGAAAUCCAAUACAAAGGAUACUGAAUGACGCUUUCGUCCACGUACCGCAAUUGGUGAAGCUCGAGCUGUCCGAGUGCAAAAUAGGGACCAUUGAAGAGAACGCGUUUUCCGGCCUCGAAAAAUCCUUAGAAUGGUUGAAGUUGGAUAAGAAUAAGCUUUCAGACGUGAAAUCUUCGUCGUUUACAAUUCUGCAAAGUUUGCACGAGCUGGACAUCGCGGGGAAUCCGUGGAAUUGCACGUGCAAGUUGCGACCGCUUAGGGAGUGGAUGCUGCGACAAAACGUGCCGUUUGCUGUUCCUCCAGUUUGUCGGUUUCCUAGCAGGUUGGGGUCGCGGUCGUGGGAUAAGCUUGAGUUGGACGAGUUCGCCUGUGUGCCCGAGAUUAUCGCAUUGGAUCCUAAAGCGCAUGGAAUUGAAGGGAAGAACGUUACUUUGACGUGUAACAUAGCCGGAAUUCCUGAACCGAACGUUAGGUGGUUACUAAAAAAUAAAGUGAUAGGUAAUUUAUCUGCAACACAUUUUUCAAGUGGUAAAAAGCUUUACGUGGUGCAAUUACAGAACAGCUCUAGUGAUUUAACUAUUUUAACGGCUGAUCUCCAAGAUGCUGGUGUCUACGUAUGUGCUGCAGAGAAUAAGGCUGGUAGGUCUGAGGCGAGCGUCACUUUGGCGGUGUCUCGUAAACCACCUGAAAGUUUGCUCAGUAAAAAGGUGCUGUUUGCUAGCGUUGUGGUGGGAUUGCUCUUUGUGUUAGUUGCUAGUUCGAUUGCACUAUGUAUUUGCGCGAUACGUAAAAAACAGGUGAUGCAGUGGCGCGAUCGUAACUGCCGUAGGGAGGACAACUAUGAAAAAAUUGAAAUGAACCAUAAGAUAGUUAGUAAUGUUUGUGCCAAGAGUGAAACGGCACAGAGUGAACUAAUGCAAGUGAAUAAUCCUAGAAGGAAUGGUGACUAUCGACUCGUCCCUGGUGCUGAAACUGAACAGGAAAACGAUAGGGAUGAUGAAGGUUUUGAUGGGAGUGUAGGGGUAGCUGCGAUUUCCAAAAAUCAAAGUGAUGAAACGAGAACGUGGACCAAGCAGUUAAGCAACGAUCGUUGGAAUUCCCCAGAACUUCCGUUGUUGGAUACGGAUGACUUGCACAUUCCCAGAAGAACCAUCAAGGAGAACAGAGACGAUCGCAAGAGGAGUUCACAUUCGACGUCUGGUACAUAUAACCGUGAUCGUAUGCCCCCUUCCAAUGUAACCUCCCCACAGUCCACACAGCUGCCGUUUGCAAAAAAGCAAAAAACCGGGAACUGCUUCGCUUUAUCCUACGCCUCAUCUACGAGCACGGAGUUUUCCGGGUUUGUAGAAGACGACCCCGACAAAAAAUACCCCGAUUUGAUCGAAGGCUCCCCUUCCACCCACAAAGGUUCAUUAAAAGCCAUUAGCGAAGGAAAUAGCGUAACGGAUAUUUCUGAAUUUUAUUGCACCUUGCCUAGGAAAGGUACCAAGGAUAGGGAGCAAUGGAAGUACAGUAGUACGGAUAGUCAAUUUCCAUUGCUCAACGAGAGUCGCUACAGCAGCAGCGGAGGAGAGAGCAACUGCAGUCAACCUUCCGCAAAAAGACGCAUGUCCGAUAUCACCAAAUCGGUUCACAAAGUUAACCAAAGAUCCAACAGCUUUCUAAAUUUAUCUUCCACUAAACAGAGCUCUCCACCUUCCCCAAUACACGAAACGCCAAACUCUACUCCUUUGCUUGACAUUAACGCUUUAGAUAACCGCGUUUCCUAUCGGAGGCAUAUCGUUACGCCUUCACCAUCACCUGUGCCUACAACUAUUGCCAAUUCUUACGAUUAUCACGCAGCACAACUAGAGAGAUUUUUAGAAGAGUAUCGAACUUUGCAGAAGGAACUCACCAAAAUGAAGGAGACCUGUGAGAAUAUCUCAAAAGAGAAAACGUCUAGUAGAUACCUGGAUCCGGCACUCGGCAACACUUCCUCCCCGAUCAGCCCAAUAUCCGAUACGAGCAAUUCCAAGUACAACUCAUCCCAAAACUCCCUUCUGACCCACUCGCCUAACUCAAAUCAGACUUUAGACAACUCGUUAAUUAACUUUGAGAGCGAACUGUCAAAAUAUAUUCUCCAAAGGAAUUCUUCACCAAAAACGUUUAACAGUGAAGUGUUUAAUAAUAUGAAUGGACAAUGAGGUUGUAAAUACUAAAUAUUUGUUAUACCAACAGUUAAUUUGUUGAAUGUUAUAGAUUUAGAAAGCAUUUGUGAUAUCAUCGUUCUUAUAUCGUUUCAUUACUACAUUGAUUAACGUUCAUAUAAUAUUCUUUGUAAGUUUAUGAUUUAAUUAUAUCGAU